AUGGGCAAUUUUCAUUAUCGUCGUCAACAUAAUUCAACAUCUCUUCAACGUUAUAAUGGUGCUCUUCGUUUCUUAAACACAGAUCUUAAUCCAAUAUUAAUAUCAUUUGAUGAAAAUCAACGACUAAUAUUAAAUGACCGAUUAUAUGACAAAGCUAUUCCACCCUUAAAAAUAUUAAUGCAAAUUCAAAAAGGAAAUUCAAAUGCUACUGUCGAUAAAGAAAAAGUGACUGAAAUGAUUCAAAUUUGUGAAACUAAACUAGCUCAUUAUGAAAAAAGUGAAAAAGAAAUUUAUCAACGUAUGUUUAGACCAAAAACAACAACAAGUUUACCAUCGAAUCAACAACGUCAAACUAAAACUGCUAAUCAGAUUGAUAAUAAAAAUGCUAGUUGA